AUGAAGUUGUCCGUUACCUCUGCUACUUUUGCCUUGGCAUUAGUUACCUCUGUGACUGCUGCACCACCCAAUGAAGUGAAGACGACUAAAUUAACAAAGAGAGAAGUUGAGCAAUUGAAUAGCCUUUCGCUUUCAUUAAAUACACUUGCUGCUAAGAGAGAUCUGUUGUCCCCUCUGGAGCUUGCCGCAAGAGAAUAUGAAACACUAACAGAGAUUUUGAAAGUUAUCGAAAGCACUGACUUAGCACCAAAGAUUAUUGAUUUUCUUGUUUCAGAUAGCACAAUUGGCCCAAUUAUUACUAAAGUAACAGUUAAUCUCAUCAAAAGUGGUGCAAUUGACAUCACCACUUUAUUCACUGCUUUAAAUGAUUCUGGAUUGGCAGCUCAAGUCGUGGAGGCUCUUAUUAAUGACUGUGAAUUUUAUGCUGAGAUCUUCAAGAUUGUUGGAGAAAAGAUCGCCGAUUUAGGUGAAUUAAUCCAUGAUAAACUAACUGGUUCCAGUAAAAGAGAUAUUGAAAUAUAUGAGCAAGAAGUUGCAAUGAAAAAAGCUGCUCGUGAUGUCACUGUAUACAGAAGGGCUGACGAUGAUAAUACUAUCCUUGAAAACGUAUUGGAAUCAUUAAAGAAUUCCAACUUGGCUGUACAAGUUGUGACCGAGUUAAUCACAGAUUCAAGCUUCUUGAAAUGGGGUGCCAACUUGGUACAGCAGUUGUUCAGCUCGAAAGCCAUCACUUUGUCUGAGUUGAUUAGCGCAAUCGCACAGUCGGGUUUGAUUCCAUCAUUAAUCAAAGAAUUUUUAACGCUUGACACAUUGAAGGCAGUUAUUGUCAACUCUUUAGCUGCUGCAUUCGACAAUUGUGGCAACAGCUCCCUCACUACGAGCACCGCAAGUGCAACGCAAACAACCAGCAGCGGUUCUUCGUCGACAGCUACUAAGCCCUCAACUUGUAAGAGAAAGCGGAAGAGAUCUUACAACUACUAG